AUGAAGUUAUCAAACCUCUUGCUCACCUGGGAAGUGUUCCUGAGUCUCCAACAGGGAUUCACGGCCUCAGCUGGGUCUCUUCCAUCGCGCAAGGCCCCAAGCCUUAGAGUCCACAACGGCACAUUAAGUGGCACUUUCAACAGCCACUACAACCAGGAAUUCUUUCUCGGCGUUCCCUACGCAGCACCUCCUGUUGGUAACCUGCGACUUGAACGACCGGCUCCUCCCAAGCGUUGGCGUGGGACCAAGAGAGCUGACUCAUACUCCGCCCAAUGCCUCGGCACGUCCAUAGGGCUCAGCGGUUUCAGCCAGACAGAGCAUGUGGAGGAUAUGAGUGAGGACUGCCUCUAUCUCAAUGUCAUACGUCCUGCCGGCGUUGACAAGCGCGACAAGCUCCCAGUCCUAGUAUGGAUCCACGGGGGCGGAUUCUUUGAAGGCAGUGCCAGUGAUGGCCGGCUUAACGGCACCUUUCUCGUCCACAAUUCUGUCCAGAUGGGAAAGCCCCUUCUAUUUGUCAGUUUCAACUAUCGGCUCGGUGCUUUCGGCUAUCUUUCGGGAAAGCAGGUUCAGGAAGCUGGCAUAACAAAUCUUGGUCUUCACGAUCAGAGGCAGGCUUUGGUCUGGAUUCAAGAGAACAUCCAUUUAUUUGGUGGCGACCCCACUCAAGUGACGGUGAUGGGGGAGUCUGCAGGUGCCGCUUCCAUAUGUCUCCAUCUACUUUCCAACGGAGGACGGAAUGACGGCUUGUAUAGUGCGGUGAUUGCUCAGAGUGGUAAUGCUUUCACCCCUGCCUUGACAAGUCGCACUCCCGCACAGCAACAGGCCGAUUUCGAUGGAGUACUGGAAAUCACCGGUUGCGCCAACUCGACAGACGCUUUAUCCUGUCUCCGCACCAUCCCAGCAAGCUUGCUGCGAGAGGCUAGUAAGACUCUUGUACUAUCUUUUACUCCGGAUGGAGAGUUGGUGCCGAGAUCGGCCUUGCAGGCGUUGAGAAAAGGUCAUUUUGUGCGCGUCCCUCUUUUAAUGGGAACGACCAGGAAUGAAGGAACGUCCUUUGUUCAACAAGCCUUGAAGGGACCAUUGAACACCAACGAUGAUCUUAAGGUGUUUAUCCAGUCGACUUGGGCACCAAAUAAGAUCCCUGACCGACAGCUUCAACGAUUAGUAAAGAGCUAUCAGAGAGAAAUUACAGAGCCUGAAGCUGGUUUGGGAACCGUCGCCGCCUAUCCUAACUCGGAGCUCGGUUCUCAGUAUGGGUCAGCAACCCUUUGGAUGGGCGACAUAAUGUUCACAGCCGGAAGACGGUUCACAGCCCAGGCCUGGGCUAGCUUCGGAGUACCAAGCUACAGCUACUUCUUUGACACAGUCACCGCCAACGUCAACGCGACCACUCUUGGGGCAGCUCAUUUCCUAGAGAUUCCUUAUACCUUUGGCAAUACUCGGAGAGUAGGAUGGGAAAAAGAUCCGUUCCCAUCAGACCCAGUGCUGAAACAGAAACAUAAGGUGUUGGCAAAAACCAUGAGCAGCAUGUGGGUCAGUUUCGCAACCACACAUUCACCAAAUAACUAUCACGGUACGUAA